AUGAUGUUUAGAUUGACAAAUAGUUUGUUGAGAAACGGGACACGCGCUGCUCUUGCGUUCCGUGCUAUGAAGCCUGCUGGAUUGCUUAUGAACAAUCCAGCGGCAACAUUAGCUACUGCUGCUAAAUCGACGGCCACGAAGAAGAAAACUGCUACUGCUUCUAGUAAGGCCCGUCAGGUGAAGAAGAGUGAAGAACAAAAAAAGUUGGACGCGUUGAAGAAGAAAUUGAAGAAAGAAAAGUCUACUUUGAAAGAAUUGCAACUCAAAGUUAAUGAAAAAGUUAAACUUAAUAACCAAAAAGUUAAGGAAAGAAAAGAACAAGAAAAACUUAAGCAAAAGGAAAAGAAGAUUUUGCAAAAAGCUACUCAACCUUACAGAAAAGUUUCAGCUUAUAACAUCUUCAUUAAAGAAAGGUUCAACCAAGAUAAAAAUACUACUUUGAACGAGUUGGCUAAAGCUUUUAAGAAUUUGGCUCAUGAUGAAAAAGCCGGUUUCCAAGUGAAAGCUGAUGAUUACAAUGCUGAGAAAUCAAAAUUAUAUAAACCAAAACCAAAAAUGCCGGCUUUUGGUUACGCUGCUUUUGUUAAAGAAAGAUUUGCUUACCAUGAUGCUAGUCAUUUGAAAGAUGCAUUGAAAGACAUUGGUGAAGAAUGGAAGAACUUAUCUCCUCUUGAAAAAAAUUCUUACAAAAUCGAUAAAUCUGAAUUGGAAAAAUAUAGACAAGCCCUUAAAGAUUGGACCGAUGAACGUGUAAGACUUUAUAAAAAAGAAAUUUCGGCCUAA